AUGGAGCUCUUCCGAGAAUCGGCCGUUGGUCAAGUCGUCCGGUUAAUAACGAACGGCAAAUGGUUGCAGUAUCCAGAAGAGAAGGACAGCUUCACAUGGGCGCCGCUAGAGCCCCUGCUAUCAGGGGACGAUGAGAAACAUCAUCCGAACGCGCCAGACGUAACACAGACAACAGCAGAAGAUGUUGAAGACGAUGGGAAGGUAGCGAAGGAAGAGGGUGUCACACCGUCGCGAGCUUCUACAAUCUCUGCGCCAUCUCAAGACGAUCUGCGCGACGAGACCACGAUAGAGCCAAGAGUGAGCCGAACAGCAUCCCGACCGUAUACACCUUCGCGAGGCGACCUCGAGCGGGCCCUCAGUCAUACAUCACGAGCCGAUCGACCGUCUUCAGUGCUAGCGCCAACGAAGACCACCGAUGGCAUUAUCCUGGUCAGCUGGUACUCGACUACCGAUCCAGCCAAUCCCCAAAACUGGACCUAUGCCAAAAAGAGUUUCGCUCUCCUGCAGUUAUGUCUAUACUCGUUCGCUGCGUAUGGGGCGUCUAGCAUGUAUGCAAGUGCGGAAGGAGGGGUGAUGGAAGAGUUUCACGUCGGUGCUACACCUGCUGCGCUUGGCCUGGCCAUAUACGUGGUCGGCUACGGCAUAGGGCCGUUGCUGUUCGCCCCGUUGAGUGAAAUCGCGGCGGUGGGCAGGAACUGGGUUUAUGCCCCUACUUUCUUCCUGUUUGUCAUCUUGUCGAUACCGACAGCUUUAGUUGGCAACUAUGCUGGCUUGCUCGUUCUUCGUUUCCUGACCGGCUUUUUCUCAAGCCCUUGUCUGGCCAAUGGCGGCGCUUCGAUAGGUGACAUGUACUCCUUCCUCGAGCUUCCCAUUUAUCUUUCCGGCUGGACUGUAGCAAGUUUUUGGGGUCCAGCGAUCGGUCCAAUCGUUGCUGGAUUUGCUGUCCAAGCCAAGGGAUGGCGUUGGGGCCUUUGGGAGAUCUUGUGGCUAUCAGCACCUAUACUCGUGGUCUUCCUGUUAUUCUAUCCUGAGACAUCGCCAGACACGAUACUUUGGCGACGAGCUCAGCGAUUGCGAAAGCUUACACGGCGUGCCGAUAUCAUGUCGCAAAGCGAGAUCGAUCAGAAGUCCUGGACUCUCUCAGAGGUCGUGAAGGAUGCUUUGAUCAAGCCAAUGGAGAUCUUUGUCAAGGAUCCAGCUGUCACCUUCACCAAUGUCUACACUGCACUCACGUAUGGCAUAUACUACAGCUUCUUCGAAGUAUUCCCUCUGGUAUAUGGAGACAUCUAUCACUUCAACCUAGGCGUCACUGGUCUCUGCUUUGUCACCAUCGGCGUCGCUUGCGUACUUGGCGUCACGACAUUCCUCACCUACCAGAUCUUAUAUCUCAUCCCGGACAUCAAGAAGAACGGCAUGCGACCUCCAGAACAUCGCCUCGUGCCAGCACUCUUCGGUGUGGUCAUGCUACCUAUCGGCUACUUUUUGUUCGGGUGGACCGCACGAGCAGACGUGCACUGGAUUGUCUCGUUAAUUGGAUGCUGCAUUCUGGUUUACGGCAACUUUCUGAUCUUCCAAUGCGUGUUCAUCUACUUACCAUUGUCGUACCCGAAGUAUGCCGCAAGCCUUUUCGCUGCGAACGACUUCCUCCGAGCACUUUUCGCUGCGGCUUGCGUUCUUUUCGCUAGGCCAAUGUUCUUGAAUCUGGGGAUCGGUGGCGGUGUGAGCGUGCUGGCAGGCCUUUCGUGCCUAGGAGUGGUCGGCAUGUUUUGUCUUUGGAAAUAUGGCGCAUGGUUAAGAAGCAGGAGUACAUUUGCCGCGAAAUGA